CAUUCUAUAUAAAUAGAAGAGGGAUUAGAUCUUCUGAUUCACAUCCCAAAACAUUAGAACUGGUUAAUUAGACAAGAGUACUAUCAAUCAGUUAAAAAAAUGGAAGACAUCCUGCAGUACUCUCUUCUGGGUGGUUUCUUUCUUCUUCUUGUUGUCACCCUCUUGCAAAAUGCAAGAAAGUACCGCAUGAAGCUCCCACCAAGCCCACCAGGUCGACUAAUUUUAGGCCAUCUUCCUCUCCUCAAACAACCCAGGGCCAUCCACCGAACUCUACACGACAUCGCACAAAAAAAUGGUCCAAUCGUGACUCUUAAAUUUGGGUUCCGAACUGUGAUCAUCGUAUCAUCACCAUCAGCCGUCGAAGAAUGUUUCACCAAGAAUGACAUUAUCUUGGCCAACCGUCCUCCUUUUCUAAAUGGCAAGGUAUUGAACUACAACUUCACCACCCUUGCUGCAGCACCAUAUGGUGAUCAUUGGCGUAAUCUCCGUCGCCUUACUGCCAUCGAAGUCUUCUCAUCAAGUCGCCUCAACACAUUUUCGAGCGUCCGAAGAGAAGAAGUAAAGAAUUUACUCCGUAAAAUUCAUAAAACGUGUGGGGAUGGUUCCGCCGUGAUAGAAUUAAGGACAAUGUUGUUGGAUCUUAACUUUAAUAUAAUGAUGAGAAUGGUUGCAGGGAAGAAGUAUUAUGGUGAAGAUGUUGACGGGCUUGAAGAGUCAAGGAGAUUUAAGGACAUGAUGCAGGAGUUUUCUGAGUGUACUAGGGUGACAAAUCUUGGGGAUUUAUUUCCCAUUUUGCAGUGCGUUGAUUAUGAUGGAUUUAAGAACAGGAUGACUCAGCUAGGUAAAAGGAUGGACGCUUUCUGGCAAGGACUCAUUGAUGAACAUAGAGUUGAUAAGGAUAGAAACACCAUGGUUAGCCAUUUGCUCGCUUUGCAAGAAUCGGAACCAGAAUACUAUACCGACGAAAUCAUCAAAGGCAUUAUUCUGAUGAUGUUGGUUGCCGGGACAAAGACCUCUGCUAUGUCUUUAGAAUGGGCAUUUUCCAACCUGCUUAAUAAUCCACGCGUAUUAAAGAAAGCGAUAGACGAAGUGGACACCCAAGUUGGUCAAGACCGCUUGGUGGAUGAACCAGAUUUCUCUAAUCUACAUUAUAUUCAGUGUAUCAUCUAUGAAAACCUGAGAUUAUGUCCACCAGCUCCGCUCCUGGUACCACAUGUGGCAUCCGAGCGCUGCUCCCUUGGAGGCUAUGAUAUUCCAUCAGGUGCAAUGGUACUUGUAAAUGCAUGGUCCAUUCAUAGAAAUCCCGACGUGUGGGAGGAUCCAUUAAGUUUCAUGCCUGAAAGAUUUGAAAAUGGGAAAGGGGAACCAUACAGGCUAAUGCCAUUUGGGUUAGGACGGAGAGGUUGUCCCGGAGAAGGCAUGGCACUUAGAGUGAUAAACAUGGUUAUGAGCCAAUUGCUUCAAUGUUUUGAGUUCUCAACUAUUGAUGGAAAGGACGUCGAUAUGACUGAAACGGCAGCAACACUCAUGCUGAAAAUUACCCCACUGCAACUCAUCUGCAAAGCUCGCCCGAACACUCGCAGCCUGCUCGCUUAAGCUGCAUUCAACCCUUUUUCAUCUGAAUUUAGUGAUAUCGGUUAGGAAAUAAAUACAGGUAUGAGGGCAAUAAAUGUAAUGUGAGUUCAUAUUCUAUGCAGAGCAUUAUUACUUUUCCGUA